AUGAGUGUGGCGGCGGAGAUUGGAGUCAUUCAAAUCAACUUGAAUAAUAGUUGGACGGCCCAGCAGCUACUCCUGCAAACGAUGGCUGAGCGCGGAUCGCGCAAUGCAGUCUUGUCCGAAUACAAUCGGCCGAUGGGUGACUCCGAUCACUGGGCAGAAAGCCUGGACAAAAAAUGCGCCAUGUUUGCACCAAACUCCUCGGACGUGACCUUUGCGGAACAAGGAGCGGGCGUAGGCUUCGUCUGGGUGUGGAUGGAAUACGACCAUUUCCUUGGCGGCUUGGAGCUUUCGAUCUCGUAUCAGCCAAGAGCACCAGUGAAUCUGGUGGUUGCAGGGGACUUCAAUUCUCAUUCCCCGGAAUGGGGCUCAGCUAGGUUGGAUACUAGAAGAUCUAUGCUGUCGGACUCCGCUACGCUGGGUCGAACAGUAUGCAAUGUAGGCUGUAGGCCUACCUUCAGCUGGGCUAAUGCAGCGUCAAUUAUUGAUGUCACGCUGGAACGCUUUCCCUCCCGUGGCUGUCAGCUUGUCACUGACUGGUCGGUACUCGAGGACAUCUUCUCCGCAAGUGACCAUUCGUACAUAGAAUAUCAUGUCUCACCGCGAUUAGCACAAGCAACCACGCGUCAGCCUACGAGAGCUAGGGCUCCGGGCUGGUCAAUUAAAAAAUUCAAUCCGGCUGCGGCCGACUUGUUCUUCGAAUUGUUUGGUCCGUCAAGACCACCAUCGACUGAAGCACUUGCAUCGGAGCACGCAGAGCGACUUGGGGCCCUACUCUCCGCCACGUGCGACGCUUCAAUGCCGCCCAGGUCAGCGUUCGAAGCAUGGAGAGCGGUCCACUGGUGGAGUGACGACAUCGCCAUGCUUCGCAGGGCUGCAAUUGCCGCGAGGAGAGCACACCAGCGCGCCGGCUGA